ACAAAUAGUUGGUCGCUGUCAAAGGGAUGCUGAGGUGAGGAACACAGUUCUUCCAUCGGAUUUAGCUAACUAGUGCCACUAGUAGUGGCAGAGUAGGUAGCUAUCGUCUUAAUACGUAAUGUUAAGUACCCCUGCUUCAAAAUUACUUUGUUUCUACCUACCGAGGGAGCUAGUUACUAACUGCUUCUACCAACAAUUCAACUUAUCUUAAAACAUUAAUGCUAGCUAGCUAGCUAACAUUAUCUACUUCCAACUGGUUUGCUUGACAACGACGGAAGCAAGCUACAACGCUAAGCGGACAGAUGGCAGACGACAGUAGACGAGGAGAUGACGAUGAAAGGGGUCCUGGAGCAGUUUAUCAGAUGUUCAUGGUCAUGGAGGACUUGCUGGACAAAUUAAAACUAUUGGAUUACGAGGAGGAAGUACUUUCAAAGCACAACAUGAAAGCGCUCUCGAGACAUUACUUUGCAUCAUAUGCCUACACGCCCUCCAAUCCAGGCGAGCAAUUCUACAUGUUUACCAUCAUCGCCUCUUGGCUCAUCAAUGAAGCUGGAAGACCAUUCGAACAGCCGCAAGAAUACGAUGACCCCAACGCCACAGUGUCCAAUAUUCUAUCAGAGUUGAGAGCAUUUGGUGGUCUGGUGGACUUCCCUCCAUCAAAACUCAAAGCAGGUUCAGGGGAACAUGUCUGUUAUGUACUGGACCGGUUAAUAGAGGAGGUUUUGAAGAAGAGGGGCUUUGUCUGGAAAAGACCAAACUACCCCACAGAGGAGAUGGAGGAAGAGUCAGUGAUGGAGGAUGAUGCUGAACUAACGCUCAGCAAGGUGGAAGAGGAGAUGACAGAUGAACCAGAUGACUUUGAAGAAGAUAACGUUAUGGACCUCGAGGCGCUGAAAUCAAGGACCAAUCCGAGUGUAGCUAGCCUGUCUUCAAAGCCUGAUGACAUAUUAGAGUCCAACACAGAUGCUGCAGAGUGGAACUUGGAGGUGGAAAGGGUCCUACCACAGCUGAAAGUUACCAUCAGAACAGACAACAAGGACUGGAGGAUCCAUGUGGACCAAAUGCAUCAACACAGAGAUGGAAUUAAAUCCUCACUGAAGGAGACCCAGGGCUACCUGGACAAGCUGCAGGAGGAGAUAGGGAAGACAUUGGAGAAGGUGGGCAGCAGAGAGAAAUACAUCAACAACCAGCUGGAGCACCUCAUUCAGGAGUACCGCAGUGCUCAGUCUAAACUUAGUGAGGCUAAGGAGCGCUAUCAGCAGGGAAGUGGUGGAGUAACUGCGAGAACCAGAGUGCUGGCAGAGAUUACAGAGGAGCUGGAUAAAGUGAAACAGGAGAUGGAGGAGAAGGGCAGCAGUAUGUCAGAUGGAGCCCCUGUGGUCAAGAUCAAACAGAGUCUGACAAAGCUGAAGCAAGAGAUCGUUCAGAUGGACAUUCGCAUUGGAGUGGUUGAGCACACACUGCUUCAAGCCAAGCUUAAGGAGAAGUCCAACAUGACCAGGGACAUGCAUGCCACCAACAUUCCAGAGCCUGCCAUUGGUGCAUACUGAUGAUACCACUCAAACAAACCAGGUCGCUCAAAUGCAUUUACCUGUCUAUUAUCAGACAUCUGAAAUAGCCAUUUAUAACCAGUUUUUGUUUUGCAGUUUACUAGUUACCAUCAAUGUGAUUAAGAUGACACAAGCAGUGUUGAGAAGAUGGGUGUUUAUAUAUGGUAGCUGAGGAUGUUCUGAAGCUCUGUUCUAUUUUAAGUAUAAUUGGUUACUGUAAACAUGAUUUUGGUUAUCUGUACAUAUUUAUAGAAAAAAAUAAAAUACAUUAUAUUAACUUGA